CAUCAACAGCAACAGCAGAAGAGAGAGAAAGUAGAGAGAGAAAGCAGAGAGAGAGAGAGAGAGAGGGAGAGAGAGAAGCACGCAGACAGAUAACCGCUAAGCGCCACCGUCUCCACUCAUUUUUUCACCCCCCUCCUCCUCCACCUCCUCCUCCUCCUCUUCUUCCCUGGAGUACAAAAAGGGCGACAGUGAAAAACCCUACAGCCCUUUUCACCAGUACUUCUCCUUCUCCUUUCUCUCUCUGUCUCGGUCUCUGUCUCGGUCUCUGUUUCUCUCUCUGUUUUUCUCUCUCUCUCUCUCUCUGUGAGCAGAAAAGGGAGAGAUGGUUCUGGGUCCCAGCGGCGUCGCCUGGAUGGACAACGUGGGCGAGGAAGACGAGGUCUCCUGGACCCGGGACGCCGCCGCCGCCGCCGCCGCCGCCGCAGCCGCCGCCCACCACCACCACCACGACGGCGGCGGCGGCGGCAACGACGACGAAGCGGCGCGGCACAAGGAAGGCGAGCUGGAUGGAGGGGCCUCGCUGCCCACCUUCAAGUCCAUGCUCGACGCCGACUGGUCCUACUUCGCCACCAACCCGCCUCACCAUUCCCAGCAGCAGCAGCAGCUGCAGCCCGCUCCGGAAAUGGCCGACCUUUCCUUCUCCUCCGCCGCCCCGAUUCCCGAUAACGCCCUCCUCCUCCACCAUUCGCACCACCCGCACCCGCUCGACUCGUCCUCCUCGUGCUCGCCGUCGCAGGCCUUCGUCCUCGACCCCUCGCAGACCCACCAGCCCUUCCUGCAGCCCAAGCACUGCUUCUCCUCCCUCCUCAACGUCGCCUGGAACAAUUCCUUUGACAAUGGAUUCGAUUUGGGCUGCGACGCCGCCGGGCUUUUUGGCUCGGUGCAGGGCAAUCAGACCUCGAGCGCGCCGCUUCUCAUGGGCGGUUCCGAGCUGGGCUCCGGUUCCGAGCUGCUGCCCGUGCCCAGUCGGCUCGUCCCGCUCGGUGAAAACUCAACCCAAUUGCCAGGCGGCGGGUUCGGGCUGACUGGGUUCGAAGGCUUCGAGAGCCCCGGCAACCCACUGUUCACGAACAGGUCUACCAAGGUCCUAAGGCCUCUUGAGGUUUUCCCCCAGACGGGCGCCCAGCCGACUCUGUUUCAGAAGAGAGCUGCCCUGAGAAAUGGGUCUGGCAGUAAUGGCGGCGGGGCUGAGAAAUUGGGGAAUUUGGAGAUCUCGGUGUCGAGGUUCGGCGAAUUGGACAAGAAGAGAAAGAAGAUUGAUGAUGGUAUUAAUGACGAAUUGAGCUUUGAUGGGUCCGGUUUGAAUUAUGAUACCGAUGAGGGUAAUGAGAGCGGGAAGGCUAUGGAGGACUCGAAGCACGAAGGGUGCAAUUCGAAUGCAAACAGCACGGUCACAGUCGGCGAUCAGAAGGGGAAGAAGAAGGGGCUGCCGGCGAAGAAUCUGAUGGCUGAGCGGCGCCGGAGGAAGAAGCUGAAUGAUAGGCUGUACAUGCUUAGGUCGGUAGUGCCCAAGAUCAGCAAGAUGGAUAGAGCUUCAAUUCUUGGGGAUGCUAUUGACUACUUGAAGGAGCUUCUGCAAAGGAUCAAUGACCUCCAUAACGAGCUAGAAUCGACCCCGCCUGGAACCAUGUUGCCCCCUUCGACUAAUUUUCAUCCAUUGACACCAACUCCGCCCACCCUUCCUUGCCGUGUGAAGGAAGAACUGUGCCCGAGCUCCUUGCCAAGUCCCAAAGGCCAGCCUGCAAGAGUGGAGGUUAGAGUGAGGGAAGGGAGAGCAGUGAACAUCCACAUGUUUUGUGCACGCAGACCGGGGCUCUUGCUCUCCACCAUGAGGGCUCUAGACAACCUUGGGUUGGACAUUCAACAGGCUGUCAUCAGCUGUUUCAACGCAUUCGCUAUGGACAUUUUCCGAGCUGAGCAAUGUAGGGAAGGUCAAGAUGUCCUCCCAGAACAGAUCAAGGCACUUCUCUUAGAGUCAGCUGGCUUCCAUGGGAUGGUGUGACUCAGCGGGAGUAGAUUAACUGGAGCGAAGCCGAUGCUAACCCUAGUUUCCGUUGAGCUGUUUAGUCUUUUUAAUUGUAAAUGCUGCCUCCUCUGGUAUGCUUAAGCAGAAAGUAGGUUUAGCUAGUUUAAUGUUGCAAUUUCGAGGUUGAAUUACCUUACUUUACCUAAAUGGGAUGUACUUCCAUGAACAUGCUUCUAGAGAGCAAGACGAUGUUCCUAAGUUUCCAGUUUCAUAGAUAGAAAUUCGCUCUCCCUUUUCUUUUCA